UACAAUGUGGAUCGUUCACGUAGUAUAGCUAUAUGAUAAUUACAAUUUUCGGAUUUAACUUCAAGUGGAAUUAACCAGGAACCCGUAAAUAAGCACAUUUCCGAGAGGAAAAAAAUAUCAACGGGCCUUUUUUUAAUGCCUUAUUUAUUGUCGACGUCUCGACACAAUUUAAGUCACUUUAAUUCCAGUGGAAAUUUAGUGGUUUUGUGAUUUCGUGAUGAGUGAAAAUACAGAAAUAACAAGUGUUGUGUCUCCUGAAGAUGCUGCCGAGGCGGAAAAAUUGAGAGAAGCGGCAAAUGAACACUUUAAAAGUGAAAACUAUGAAAAAGCUAUCGAAUUGUAUACAGAAGCAAUCAAAUUGAAUCCAAAUGUAGCAACUUAUUAUGGAAAUCGAAGUUUUGCAUAUCUCAGAACAGAAUGCUUCGGAUAUGCUCUUCUUGAUGCCUCAAAAGCUAUUGAAUUAGACAGAAACUAUGUCAAAGGUUAUUGGCGUCGAGCUGGUGCUUAUAUGUCUUUGAGCAGGUUUAAAUUAGCUCUUAAAGAUUUUGAAACUGUUAUGAAAGCAAGACCCAAUGAUAAGGAUGCCAAAACUAAAUAUACCGAGUGUAAUAAAAUUGUCAAAAAAUUAGCUUUUGAAAAAGCUAUCUCUGUUGAGGAUAGUAAAAAAAAUAUUGCUGAUAUGAUUAACUUAGAUGCUAUGGCAAUUGAAGAUGACUAUACUGGACCAAAGUUGGAAAACGGAAAAGUAACUGUUCAAUUUAUGCAGGAUUUGAUAAAUUGGUAUAGAGAUGAGAAGAAAUUGCAUAGAAAAUAUGCUUAUCAAAUUCUUCUGGAUAUCAAGGCAUGGUUUGAAGCCCAACCAAGUUUGAUAGACGUUACAAUACCUGAUGAUAGUAAAUUUACAAUUUGUGGUGAUAUUCACGGACAAUUUUAUGAUCUCUUAAAUAUUUUUAAUCUCAAUGGGUUGCCAUCUGAAACAAAUCCCUACUUAUUCAAUGGAGAUUUUGUUGACAGAGGGUCUUUCUCUGUAGAAUGUAUAUUUACAUUGUUCGGAUUCAAAUUAUUAUAUCCCAAUCACUUUUUCAUGUCAAGAGGUAAUCAUGAGUCUAUCAUAAUGAAUCACAUGUAUGGUUUUGAUGGAGAAGUUAAAACUAAGUACUCUGCUCAAAUGGCAGAAUUGUUUGACGAAGUUUAUAACUGGUUACCUUUAGCACACUGCCUGAAUGGUAGAGUUCUCGUGAUGCAUGGCGGAUUAUUUUCAAGAGACGAUGUAACACUUAAAGAAAUCCGUGAAAUUAAUAGAAAUCGACAACCACCAGAUGAAGGUGUAAUGUGUGAGCUAUUGUGGUCUGAUCCUCAACCACAACCAGGUCGUGCACCAAGCAAACGUGGUGUUGGUGUUCAAUUCGGACCUGAUGUUACUCAUGAUUUCUUGAAACUGAAUAACUUGGAUUAUAUUGUUAGAAGCCAUGAAGUUAAGAGUGAUGGAUAUGAAGUCGCACAUGAUGGAAAAUGUAUUACAGUGUUUUCUGCUCCAAAUUAUUGUGAUACAAUGGGCAACCGUGGUGCCUUCAUCACACUCAAUGGCAAAGAUAUGAAACCUAAUUUUGUCACGUAUGAGGCCGUGCCUCAUCCAAAUAUAAGGCCAAUGCAGUAUGCUACUCCUUUCUUGAAAUCCAUGUUCUAGUAAACAAUCUAGAACUAUUAAAAAAAAGUAGAUUAAUAAUAAUUGGAAUGAUUAUUCAAAUCAAGGUAGUUGAAUAAAAGUGUGCGUAAUAUAUUUGAUACAAAUUUGAAAAAAAAGGUAAAAUGCGCUUAAAAAUUUUUCAAAAAAAUUAGAACAAUAAGUAACUAUCACAAUAUUCGUACAUACUAGGAAUGAAAUUAAUUUGUAUCAUAGAAAUGAUCGCUAUGUAGUUGAGUGAGGGAAAAAUUAUCAUUACUAUGUUAAUGAUUGAUUGUAAAAUUUUUUAAAAAUAUUUUUUAUUAAUUAUGAAGUAACUUUCUUGGAAAAGAAACUAUAUCUGUCUUGUAGAGAAACUUACACUGCUGAGUAUCAUUCUUUCAAUUACAUUAACUAUUCCAAAUAUGGGUUCAUUAUGAACAAAGUUGUGUUUAUAAUUUAUAAAUAAUUUACAGUUAAA